CAGCUUAACAGUGUGCUCGUGGAACCUUUGUUGUGAACUGUCUGCUUUCCGCGGACCACUAUUCCUGUAACACCGCGUGCAGCCCUGAGCAGAAAUUUGUAACUUUGUUACUAAGUUUAAGUGUGUGAAUUAAAAUAAGAGGUGCUUUGCAGUGGAAUACACAGCUUGUUAUUGGCUGCCAGCUGUAGCUGUCGCGGUGAAGGACAGGCAGCCUGUGACGGGGAGGAUAAACGGUCUCCGCCUUGGCUUUUGAUUCUCUGUCCUGCUGACCAAAAGCUCAGGAAGAACGGCCAGAGGCAGCAAUGAGGAGCUGGUCAGCAGAAAGCAGCACGACAGCUAAGAUCUAACCAGCUUUUAGAUUGAUGUUAGGACGUUAUCCUUCGCCGAGGAGGGAAACAUGAGCAGCUGCAGGGUGCUGUUGUCUGAGCUAAAGCCGUGGACUUUAGGAAAAAGCAAAUGGACCAGGGGGCUUCUUGAAGGCAUUAGUUGGAGUGGAAAGACUUUUUUGUCUACUUCUAGUUGUCCAAAGGUGUGUGUUGUUGGAGGUGGACCGGCAGGUUUCUACACGGCACAGCAUCUUAUUAAGGGUCGUCAGGAUGUCGAGGUCGACAUUUACGAGCGACUGCCAGUCCCUUUCGGCCUGGUCAGGUUUGGAGUGGCCCCUGAUCACCCCGAAGUCAAGAAUGUCAUCAAUACUUUUACUCAAACAGCCAAGCAUUCCCGCUGUAGUUUCUUUGGCAACGUAAAUGUUGGGAAGGACGUGACCGUCGACGAGUUGCAGCAAGCGUACCACGCUGUCGUACUGAGCUACGGGGCAGAGGGGAACAGGAGGAUGGGGGUGCCUGGUGAAGACCUGCCGGGUGUGUACUCAGCCAAAGACUUUGUGGGCUGGUACAACGGCUUGCCCAGCUGUCGAGAGCUCAGUCCGGACCUGAGCUGCGAAACGGCCGUCAUUUUGGGACAAGGCAACGUGGCCUUGGAUGUCGCUAGAAUACUGCUGUCUCCUUUAGAUAUUUUAAAGAAAACGGACAUUACCCAGCCGGCCCUAGAAGCCCUUGCAGAGAGUCGGGUUCGAAAGGUGCUGAUAGUCGGCAGGAGGGGACCCAUGCAGGUCGCUUGCACAAUUAAGGAGCUCAGAGAAAUGGGGAACCUGCCUGGAACCAGGCCUGAGAUGGUGGCGGCUGAUUUCGAAGGCGUCCCAGAAGCUCUUAAAGAUUUACCGAGGCCCAGGAAGCGUCUCACAGAGCUGCUGCUGAAGACGGCUCUGGAGGCACCUGGGGAGAAGGAGCUGGAGAGGCGGGGAAAAGCCACCAAGGUGUGGGGUUUCCGAUUCUACCGGAGCCCCACUGAAAUCUUGGCCGACCCCGACCACAACAGAACAGCCGGCAUCCGACUGGCAGUCAACAGGCUGGAAGGUUCAGGAGAACGAGCUCAGGCUGUUCUCACUGGAGAGGUUGAAGACGUUCCCUGUGGUCUGGUCAUCAGCAGCAUCGGCUACCAGAGCCUCCCCAUCGAUUCCACGGUGCCGUUUGACUCCCGCAGCGCAGUCGUGCCGAACUCAGUGGGCCGGGUUCACCAAGCUCCAGGCUUAUACUGCAGCGGCUGGCUGAAAACGGGCCCCACAGGUGUGAUCGCCACCACUCUGAACAACAGCUUUGACACGGCACGCUCUUUGCUGGAGGACAUCGAUUCUGGAAAAUUGGAUGUAUCUGUUGCCAAGGCUGGAUCACAGAUCGUCAGCAGUCUGCUGGAGGAACGAGGGGUGAAAGCAGUGACCUUCUCGGACUGGGAGAAGAUCGACAGCUUGGAGAGGAGGAGGGGGGAGGCCUGCGGAAAACCCAGGGAGAAGCUACUGACUGUGGAAGAGAUGCUGAAGGUGGCCCGAACGUGACCCAAAGCAGCAGGCAGAGUCCAGGACACAGAAA